UUAGACUAUAACUUAUUUUUAUCCUUUUUGUAAAUUAAAUACUCAAAACCCACUCAAUUAUUACUGACGAAAAUGGCUCGUAAGGAAGAACCUAAAAUUCAACCUAAUAAUGAUUUGGAGAAGAAAAUUAUGGAGGCUUUCGAAGUGUUUGACCACUCUGGGAAACAAGUGGUUGACGUUAGAGAAAUUGGUACCAUUCUGCGGUCUUUAGGGUGUUGUCCAACUGAAGCGGAAAUACAAGAGGUGAUAUUAGCAACCGAGAAUAAAGAAGCGACGGGCAACGUCCCGCUAAGUAACUUCCUGCCGUACAUGUGUAAAGUUAUGUUAGAACACAGAUUCUACCCAGCCAGUGCGGAGAUGCUUUUGGCGGCUUUCCGCUACUUUGACAAGGAGGAGCGCGGGUAUCUCACUAAAGAGAGGUUCGCGCAGCUUAUGCUUGAAGAAGGCGAACCAUUUACGCAGGAAGAAUACGAUGAGAUGAUGCAGACCGCCCUGGAUCCCGUGACUAACACCAUUACCUACGAGUACUAUAUCAAUCAGCUCAUGGUGCGUAUUUUCAAUAAAUUACAAUAUUGUCUUAUUUAA